AUGAUGCUUCAACUUGUCCGAUUUUUUUUGUUGUUGGCGGUGUUCGCCGGAAUGUCGGCGGCGGAUUGUCCCGACAAAUGCGAAUGCGAUGGAAUUGUGGCGGAUUGCACGAAUUCGAACAUUUUCGAAAUUCCGCGCAAUAUUCCCAAAACCACAAAAACGUUGAUAUUGCGCAAUAAUCGCAUUCGGCGAAUCGCCAGAAGCGCACUGAAACAUCUCGAACAUCUUGAAGUGCUCAUUCUCACCAAUAAUCGCAUUUUUGAGAUUCAGGAGAAUUUUCUCGAUGACAUGCCGAAUCUUCGACGAUUCUCGAUUGCCAAGAAUUGGCUGUACUUCAUCCCUCCAUUGGCUUCUGUUCCUCAUACGCUGGCGUCUUUGAACCUCAAAUAUAACAAGAUCAAGACUAUUGAUCCUGAAGCUUUUGAGAAUCUACACAAACUUCAGCAACUUGACAUCUCCCAUAACUUGCUUCAAUCGCUUCCAACGACGUCGCUUCAGAAUCUGAAUUUGCUUGACAAUUUCGACCUUCAUCAUAAUCCGUGGAAUUGCGAUUGUCGUCUGCCGCCGAUUGCAUCUGCGUCUCGAACAACCAAAUCGGAGCGCGCCGCGUUUUGCACGAACCCGAAGCAAAUUCGGCAUUUGCCUUUGCACCAGGUGUAUGAAACGAACGUUCACUGUGAGACCCCGGAAAUUGAGGAGCACGUAGGCAAUAAUUUGAAAUUGACGUGUAAAUCGAAUGGAAAAAAUAUUACAUGGCUUUAUAAAUAUAUUGAACUUUCGUCAUCGGCUUUAGACGCUUUUACUUUAUCUCAAAAUGAUUUAAUUGUUCCGAAAACCACACCAAUUAAAUUUAUUUCAUGCACAUCGGAUUAUUUGGACAUUCCACAUCAUAGAAGGGUCCGACAUCUCGCGAGAACUAUUAAAUUCACAUAUAAACCCAGAGAUAAUAGCUACAGGGAGGGAUCUGAGGUUAAAGUGAAUUGUGAGGUUAUCGGUGAACCGAAGCCGAAAAUCAAAUGGUAUUAUGAUGGCAAAUUGCUCACGUCGACGAGAAAACGCCAAUUGAGCUUGUCGAACAAUAUUUUGAGGAUUUACCCGUUUUUGGAAGAGGAUGCUGGAAGAUAUACUUGCGAAGCUUCCAACGAAUUUGAAACUAUUCGGCACGAUUUCAAUUUGGAAUUGAUUAGUAGCGUUCCGCCCAAUAUAUAUCAAGGACCGGAAUCGAAAACAGCGAAUGUUGGAGGCCAGGUGAAAUUCGUUUGCAAAGCUCGCGGAACACCAAUUCCCGACUAUACGUGGUCAUUCGAUGGAAGCACCAUCGGACAUAUCAAAGGACGAAUAAUGGUGUCGGAUGAUGGAACGGAGCUCACAAUUUCGAACAUUGAAAAGAAAGAUGAGGGCUUCUAUUCGUGUAUGGCCGGAAAUCCGGUGGGAGCGAUGAGUUCCGACGCGAAACUCACCGUUAUUGGAGAUUCGAAAUCUGGCGAAAAAUUCGAGCUCACCGAUGACGCGUUGGAAGGAAUUGUGAAGAAGGCGCGCGAGAAUGUUGAGCGGGCUGUCGAGAAGACGCGCGUUCAACUAACACAGGAUCGCGUCACGAACACCCAGGAUUUGAAGCGACUCUUCCGAUUCUCGGUGCCGAAACAGGCUGUCGAGUUGUCGAAGGCGCGAGAAAUCUAUGAGGAAUCGGUGCGUCUCGUCAGAGAGCACGUUAAUCGCGGCCUGAUGCUUGACAUCGAUGAGCUUCACCCAAAAAAUAUUAGCUACGAAUCGGUGCUUCAUGUGACUCACAUGCAAACGCUGAUGGGAAUGAGUGGCUGUCAUAGCGGGCAAUUCAAGAAUCCGUGCACCGACGUCUGCUUUCAUAACAAGUAUCGAUCGUUUGAUGGGCAGUGCAAUAAUUGGAAGAAUCCCAUGUAUGGUGUGUCGUUUAUGCCGCUCAAGCGACUUUUGAAGCCGGUUUAUGAGAACGGCUUUAACACACCGGUCGGAUGGGAUCCCAAGAAGCUCUACCACGGCUAUCCGAUGCCGAACGUUCGAGAAGUGUCGAGGCAGCUUGUCGCCACUGAGCGCAUCACACCGCACUCGAAGUUGUCGGCGAUGGUAAUGCAGUGGGGACAAUUUUUGGAUCAUGAUCUGACGCAUUCGGUCAGUGCGCUGUCCAGACACAGCUACAGUACUGGCGCAUUCUGCAAUCGGACCUGCGAGAACAUCGACCCCUGUUUUAAUAUUCAAUUGCCCAAAAAUGACCCGAGAUUGAAGGGUGGAAACGUCAAAUAUCCUUGUAUUGAGUUCGAGCGAAGUGCAGCGGUUUGCGGAUCGGGUGAGACUUCGCUGCUAUUCAACCGAGUCACCUAUCGAGAGCAAAUGAAUGGGCUUACUUCGUUUAUCGAUGCUUCAACGGUGUAUGGAAGCACGGAAGUUCAGGCUCAGGAGCUUCGAGACACUUAUAAUAACAAGGGAACACUGAGAUAUGAUAUAACAUCGGAUGCUGGGAAGGAGUACAUGCCAUUUGAGAAGGAUUCCAAUAUGGAUUGUCGGCGGAAUUUCAGCGAAUCCAAUCCGAUCCGCUGUUUUUUGGCUGGAGAUUUGAGAGCGAACGAGCAGUUAGCUCUUGUUUCGACGCACACAAUUUUCCUACGAGAACACAACCGAAUCGCCACCGAAUUGUUGUCGAUGAACCGAAAUUGGGACGGCGAGGUGAUCUAUUACGAGACGCGCAAAAUUGUUGGCGCAAUUGUGCAACACAUCACCUACGAGCACUGGCUUCCGCACGUUUUUGGUGGUAAAGUGAGUUGCGACCAGCUGAUGAAAUACAUUGGUACAUAUAAGGGAUAUGAUGAUAAGAUUGACGCAUCGAUUUCGAACGCGUUCGCCACUGCCGCGUUUCGUUUUGGGCACACACUGAUCAAUCCGACGCUGUUUCGGCUCAACAAUGAUUUUUCGCCGAUUUCCGACGGCCAUAUUCCACUUCAUAAGAAUCACCUAAAAUUUCGAAUUUUUUGGGCCUUCUUCACACCGGAAUUGGUGUUGAGCCAAGGUGGAAUCGAUCCGUUGCUUCGUGGACUAUUCGCGAGCCCUUUGAAACACCCAAUGCCGACGCAACUGCUCAAUAUGGAGCUCAUUGAGAAGCUUUUCAUGAAGGGCCACGAAGUUGCUCUCGAUUUGGCUGUUAUGAAUAUUCAACGAUCGCGGGACCAUGGACUGCCGAGCUAUACCGCUUAUCGAGAGUUUUGCAAUUUGACGGUGCCGAGAGAUUGGAGCGAUAUGAAAGACUAUAUUAGGGACGAGAGUGUGCUGAAGAAACUGCAGGGAUUAUAUGGAGUACCGCAAAAUAUCGACCUUUGGGUUGGUGGAAUUGUCGAAGAAAAACUCGAAAAUGCGCUAUUUGGUCCAACAUUUGCUUGUAUUAUUGGAGAUCAAUUUAAACGUCUUCGAGAUGGCGAUCGUCAUUGGUACGAAAAAGAGGGAAUGUUCACGAAAGAGCAAUUGAGAGAGAUCAAAAAAGUGACAUUGGCUCGAAUUUUGUGUGAUAAUGGUGAUAUGAUUGAUCGUGUUCAGAAAGACGUGUUUUUGUAUCCGGGCAAAGACAUUCUGUCGUACAAUCGAUGUUCGGACCAUCCGAAAAUGGAUUUGAGGGAAUGGCGAAACUGUUGCGACAAUGUGUGUCCGACGAUGCUCGAUCGAAUAUUGAGAAGUCGUCAUCGGGGAUCGAGACUUCAUGGAUGCACGGUUGAGGGGAUUUGGAGACCCGAAGGGGCGAAAUGGAUUCCCCGAAACGAGUAUUGCACCGAAUGUGUGUGUCAGGGUUCACGCGUCUGGUGUUCGAUCAAAGAGGAUUGUUCGGAUAAUCGGAGCCCGUUUUAA